AUGCCACCGAAUACUGUGUCAAGUGUCAAAGCGGAGAACACAAGCAUCUAUGAUUCAAGCAGCUGCGAAAGGUCGUACAUGAGUCAACAACAAACACCGCCCUCGCCAACCCCCCGUACUGCUCCUACUGCUGGUAUGGAUGCUGAACAUCGUAACGCAUAUACAACACCUCCAAGUGACUCGCCACCAAGUGCAUCUUCACCAGCACUAUCUUAUACAAAAUACGCUGCAUCAGCAUCCACUUCUCACCACCACCUUCCACCUUAUGCUGCUGCUAGUAAUAACAAUUACCACCAUCAUCAUCAUCAUCGCCAUGCCAGUAACAACACAAGAACCUCCUCAUCAGAAUACUCACUUGUGGAAUCAACAACAACACCAACAGCAGCCACCAUGAUGAAUGAACCAGCGGCAUUAUCAUUCACACGCACCAUGUACAAUAACAACAUUCUAUCGCUUGACAAGUCUUCCAUACUCCAAGUGGAUUUGCGUGCACGUAUUGAUCGUGGUUUCUUUUUGGCUGACAAUGAUUGGACUUGCUAUCGUCGCAACUACUUUCAAUUAAGCACUGCAUUCACACUUCAAGGCAUUGGUGUCAUUUAUGAUGGUCAAUCCUUACCAUGCUGGGUGAAGAAGCAGCAACAACAACGAGAAGUGAAAAAGAAUCAUGGUGAUGAUGAAGGCAAUGAGGAGCAGCAGCUACUACACGCCGUGGAGCGUUUCAUGGUGGGAAUUAGUUCACAUGUGGCCAACAGUGACAAGGCUGUGGAGUUGGUUGAAUACUCACCCAAGCGUGACAAGGGCCCAACGAGUACACCCCAACCUCGUCCAUUGACUCCAGGUGGUAAUUUGACACUUAGCUCGGUCAAUGGAACACCAUCCAUUGCCACCUUUGAACGUAUCCAAUUCAAAUCGGCUACAGCCAACAAUGGCAAACGUCGUGCUGCACAACAAUACUAUGUCGUCAGUGUCAAUCUCUAUGCUCAGCUCAAUACUGGUGAAUUGAUUUCUGUUGCAUCGAUUGAUUCAACUCCGGUCGUGGUGAGAGGAAGAAGCCCUGGUCAUUAUGCAGAUGGUGCUGCUGCUGCUGCUGCUACUACAGCUGUUACAGCUACAACAGCUACAACAGCCACACCUACUACUGUACAAGCCGUGGUGACUACCACUACUACAACAACACCAACUCCAUCACAAAUUCCUAUUCCUCCCCCUGCUGCUGGCAAUAAUCAUUCGAUCGAUCAUCAUCAACAUCAUCAACAACAUCCACAACCACAACAAGCGUGUUUGCCACAUUAUGAUUAUAUGGGUGUGCCAUAUGCAGCUACACCUCAACCUCAUCCACUUCCACCUCCAUCCUAUAUGGCCUUUGGUGUGCAUGAGCGAUAUCAUUCCUCUCCCGAUUUGCCAGUUGAAUCAGCAUGGCAUCGUGGUUAUCCACCACCACCUCAUCCUUCUUAUUGUUAUGACACUACUGCACAACAACAACAACAACAAUCCACUCAUCCACGACAACAACAUCCAAGUCUUCCUCCCCCACAUCAACAACAAGCGUACUAUCAUGACAUGUGGCGUCAUAUGGCUCAACAACAAAACAUGGCCGCAACAGCAACAACACCAGCAACCACUGCUGCUGAUGUCAAAAAGAAUGAAAUGGUCAUGAAACGUUCACUUGACGACAGCGACAUUGAUACGUCACGCAACACUCGACUUCGCUCAUCUUAA